UCAGUUGGUGAGAGGGGAAUUUGAUUUUGGUUGUUGCUUUAGGAGGGUUAUGCUUUUUUCCACAUUCUGUAUUUGUUGGGCCAAGAAAUCUCCCUGCAUUUUCUGCAUUGCAUAACGUUACUGACAAGCAGUACCAUGGCAGGAGUUGCACCACCACCCAAACCAGAAGAGCUUCAGCCACACCCUGUGAAAGAUCAACUUCCAAAUGUUUCGUACUGCAUCACUAGUCCUCCUCCUUGGCCGGAGGCGAUUCUCCUUGGUUUUCAACAUUAUCUGGUGAUGCUUGGCACAACUGUUCUAAUACCAACCUCUCUAGUAUCUCAGAUGGGAGGAGGAAACGAAGAAAAAGCAAAAAUGAUCCAGACUCUGCUGUUUGUAGCUGGCGUGAACACAUUGUUCCAAACACUGUUUGGGACUCGUCUACCUGUAGUUAUUGGAGGAUCCUACACCUUUGUGCCUACUACCAUUUCAAUAAUUUUGGCUAGUCGCUACAGUGACAUUCUGAAUCCUCAGGAGAGAUUUGAGAGGAUAAUGCGUGGGACGCAGGGCGCUCUUAUCGUUGCUUCGACCCUCCAAAUUUUUGUUGGAUUCAGUGGACUUUGGCGCAAUGUAGUGAGGUUCUUAAGCCCUCUCUCUGCAGUUCCCCUGGUUGCUCUGUCAGGCUUUGGACUUUAUGAGUUGGGCUUUCCUGUGCUUGCAAAAUGUGUGGAGAUUGGGCUGCCAGAAAUUGUAAUCUUACUAGUAUUUUCACAGUACAUUCCUCAUGUGAUGAAAGGACAAAAGCAUAUCUGUGAUCGAUUUGCAGUUAUAUUCUCAGUAGCAAUUGUGUGGAUUUAUGCUCAUCUUCUAACUGUGGGUGGAGCAUAUAAACAUGCACCACAGGAAACUCAGGAUACUUGCAGAACUGAUCGUGCUGGCAUUAUAAGUGGUGCACCUUGGAUUAAAAUCCCAUAUCCAUUCCAAUGGGGAGCUCCUACAUUUGCUGCUGGGGAAGCUUUUGCUACGAUGGCUGCUUCAUUUGUUGCACUAAUAGAGUCAACCGGUGCUUUUAUUGCUGUUUCAAGGUAUGCAAGUGCAACUCCAUUGCCACCUUCAGUUCUUAGCCGUGGUGUUGGUUGGCAGGGGGUGGGAAUUUUAUUAUCUGGCAUCUUUGGAACAGGGAAUGGAUCAUCAGUUUCUGUAGAAAAUGCUGGACUCUUAGCUUUGACAAGAGUUGGUAGCCGAAGGGUUGUUCAAAUAUCAGCUGGAUUCAUGAUCUUUUUCUCCAUACUUGGAAAAUUUGGAGCUGUGUUUGCUUCAAUCCCAGCACCAAUAGUUGCAGCUUUAUAUUGCCUUUUCUUUUCCUAUGUGGGUUCUGCAGGCCUCAGUUUCCUUCAGUUUUGCAAUUUAAACAGCUUUAGAACUAAAUUCAUCUUAGGGUUCUCCAUUUUCAUGGGCUUCUCCAUACCACAAUACUUCAAUGAGUACACAGCAUUUAGAGACUAUGGUCCAGUGCACACCCAUGCCAGAUGGUUCAACGACAUGAUCAAUGUCCCAUUUUCAUCAAAAGCAUUUGUUGCUGGUUCAUUGGCACUGUUCUUGGAUGCCACAUUGCACAACAAAGACAAUCAAACUCGUAAAGACAGAGGCAUGCAUUGGUGGGACAGAUUCAGCUCGUUCAAGACAGAUACAAGGAGUGAAGAGUUUUAUUCACUUCCUUUCAAUCUAAACAAGUUCUUCCCCUCUGUGUGAUUGGAUUGGAUCAUGCUGCCAGAAAGUUAUA